AUGGAUAACCAGAGUUACUUUGCAACUUACACCCUGGUGGAACCAAGAGACUCUAAAUCAUACAGACACAUAUAUUUCACCUGCUUCUUUGUUCUCUAUGUUCUGAUAUUGUUUCUGAACAUUUGGCUCAUUGUGGUCAUUGUCUUGGAGAGAGCUCUUCAUCAACCAAUGUAUAUUUUUCUGUGUAAUCUCUGUUUAAAUGGGAUAUAUGGAGCUACAGGAUUCUAUCCUAAAUUUCUGCAUGAUUUAAUACUGGAUUCAUACGUGAUUCCUUCCUACAUGUGUGCCUUACAAGCCUUUGUGAUCUAUACUUCGGUUAAGUGUGAAUAUUGUACAUUAGCAGUGAUGGCGUAUGACAGACAUGUGGCCAUAUGCAGACCUUUGGACUAUCAUACAAAGAUGAACAGAUUUUCUUGUGUCCUGUUACUUGCCUUUUGUUGGACUGUGCCAUUAAUAACAAUGGCCAUUAGUGUUUCCUUAUCAAAUAGGAUGGCAUUGUGUAAAUAUCAUAUUGAUAAAUUGUAUUGUGAUAACUGGUCAAUGGUGAAGCUCUCGUGUCAAUCGACAGUUAUCAAUAAUACAUAUGGAUUUUUGAUUAUUGCAUUUAUUUUCACUCUGUUUGUUUUAAUUAUAUUGUCAUAUAUAAAACUUGCAGUUGCAUGUAAAGCAUCAUUGGAGUGCAGAAGGAAGUUUUGGCAGACGUGUGUGCCUCAUCUGUUUACUUUGGUAAAUUUUACUAUUGCCAUGCUUUUCGACACCAUGUACAGCAGAUACGGCUCAAGUGAUUUUCCAGACAAUCUGCGUAAUUUUUUGGCUUUAGAGAUCAUCAUAGUGCCACCUCUUUUCAAUCCUCUCAUUUAUGGUUUAAAACUCAAAGAGAUUCGUAAGAGGCUCUUAAGACCUUUUAAUAAUGUUAUUAAAAUGUCAGGAUGA